AUGGCGGCUUUCCUGGUGCUCUGCCAGCUCUGGCUCUUUGGCGUUGUCCGACAUGAGCUGGAGGAGGCGAGCCUCGAUCUGGACGAGGCAAGGCGUUACGUCUCCAUCUCGACGCAGAGGCACGGCGAUCUCUUGCAGAGCUUUACCUCCGGGGUUUUUGCGUUUCAGCAGAAGGCUUCUUUCCGGUCCAUCGGCUUGCUGUCAGUUGCCAAGGCAGGUCCCGACGCCGCCGUGCUCCGCACGACUUUUCAGAAGCUGGGCAUUGACGUGCCGCUGGGCGUGAUUUUCCGGGGAGCCAUUGUGGAUGGGAUGGCGUGCGGUGCCACUCUGACGAGUGCACCGUGCGGAGUCUCGAUCUCGGCAAUCGGAGAGCUGCCGGCCGAAAUCGGCGGCCUCGCAGAUUUGGAGGGGCUGGAUUUGUUCAUGAACCGGAAGCUCAGAGGCGACCUGUCCGUCCUUGCCACGCUGGUGCACCUGAAGCUGCUCAGUCUGUCCUCUACCCAGAUCCGAGGGGAUCUAGGAUUCCUGAGCCGGAUGGAACAGAUGCAGAUUCUCGGUCUCGGAGACACGCACGUGGACGGCACGCUGGAGGCCCUCAGAAGGAUGAAAGGCUUGGCAGGGCUGCGGCUCCCCAACACCCGCGUCCGCGGGGAUCUCGUGCCCCUGGCUGCCAUGGAACGGAUGCAGAUGCUCUCUCUCAAAAACACGAACGUCGAGGGGACCCUGGAGCCACUGGCAAAGAUGACCCGCAUGACCCAUCUGUGGCUCCACGAGACCCGCAUCGGCGGGGAGCUUGGGUCGCUGAAGGCGAUGACCCGCAUGACCCAUCUGCGGCUCCACGAGACCCGCAUCGGCGGGGAGCUUGGGUCGCUGCAGGCGAUGCGGAAGCUCCGUGAGCUGCGCCUCCAGGGCACCCGAGUCUCAGGCUCCCUGGACAUCCUGACGGAGUUCGCAGAUCUGGAAGGGGCCGACCUCGCAUCCACUGCCGUGACCGGAGGCGGGCGGUCUGUUUCUGCCCAGGAAAGCAAGGUCGACUUCCUGCCCCGUGGCGACGACCUGUCGGAGCUCCGCCGCCUCUUCACCGCCGAUCCGCGCAGGACGCUGCUGCCCGCCUUGGUCGAGCUGGAUGUGUCGGGCUGCCCCAUGAAUGGCGACGUUAUGGACCUUCUGGUGCCGCUGGCAGCCUGCAAGUCGCUGGCCAAAGUUGCCGCUUCGCACGCGAACCUCACGGGGGACGUUCUGGACCUGACGAAGUUGUCAGUCGAGAUGAAUGACGUGAGCUACUCGCAGGUUGACGUUCCCUUGGCAGGCGUUCUGCAGGCCAUGGAGUUGUCAGGAAACAGGAUCCGGCGUGUUGAGGCCCUCAAUGCCAAGACUCUCCUAUCGCUGGCUGACAAUGACCGACAAGUUGACAUCGCACAUGGCAUGCUGUGCAAAGCCCUGGAAGACGGCGUCCGACUGGACCUGACCAACGUGGCGCUUGUGGAUACCAGCGAGGCCAGGGAUCUGAUUGCCAAAGGAUGGCUGAACGUCACCGAGCGCCGCACCAUAACAGAUGCCGGAAGAGGGUUUGCGUGCUACGGAAUGCCGAGUGCAGUCCUACAAGUAACGCCAUUCCGCUUCUUGCCGGAUAUCCUUUGUGGCUGCCAAGCGGGCUGGCAUGGAAGAAGCACCGACUGUCACCGCUGCAGCGAGGACCAGUACAACCCCACAUUCAACCAGAGCGACUGCCAGAAGUGUCCUUCAGGCAGCAGCACCCAAGGUGCAGAGGGCUCGGAGUCCUUGCAAAGCUGCCAGUGCGCAGUUGGAAGGAUCCACGGCGACUCGUGCCAGUGCGAUGCCCACGAGGCCCUCCACUAUCCCAGUGACGCCCUCCGCGGCCAGUGCGUGGACUGCAACGACCUGAAGCUGGACCGGGGAAUCUCACUGGGAUUCACGGGAGGGUUGCUUCAGCGGACUUCAAAGAAGAGAAAUCAGCUGGCGCAUCAUCUGCCCACCCCUGGGUUCUACGUGUACAUUGCUACGCACUCCGACUCUAACCCCUCUUCGUGGCAGAGCUCCUACGAGCCCACAUGGGUCCUAGCGGGCGCAGAGUCGGGUGUGGACUGUGAGGACCCCGGAAGCCUCGCGACCAAAGCACCGCCAACUCUCGGGCACGCGCGCCUCUACCCCGGAGCACCCACGGUCUUCUACGGGGACGAAUGCAGGGAUGUGCUUGGAUCCCGCAGAGGAGCGCUGCAACGCGUCAACGAAUGCUUCGGAGCUCGGGUGCGUGCCCGGCUGCUCGGCAAAGUGCUGUCGGAGGGUUACGAGGGGCCCCUUUGCGCCACCUGCGCUGAGAAGUACCGCAGCCAGGGUCGGCGCUGCAAGAAGUGCGAGGAAGGCUACGAAGCGGCCCGGUGGCCCAUCGCGCUCGCUGUGGCAACGGUGGCGGCUGGAGGCUUCGCCUUUUUUGCCUGGUGGAGGAGCCAUGCAGCAGAGGCCCCGGCAGCAGCCACUCCAGCUCUCUUGCCGCUGCUGUUGGCGCAAGGCCCCGUGCUGCUGCAAUUUCUCCAGCUCUGGGGCGUGCUCGUGACCCUGAGCAAGAAGAGCACUGGUGAGACCACCGCGCAGACCUGGGACCAGGAGUAUGUUCAGUGGCUGCAGCUGACAGCGGGUGGGCUCCGGGACGCUCUGAGCUUGGAAUGCGAGUACGGAAGGAACGCUCGCCUGGCUUGUGCUCUACUGGGACCGGUGCUGCCCUUGCUGCUUUUGGCCGCCUGUGCCAUCCUGGAAGCCUUUUUGCGAGGUUAUUCGAUCACGAUGUGCCAUUAUGCUUACUCCCGCUUUGGUUCCUUCGAUGGUAUAAGCAUUGCGCUGCAAGUGUUGUCCCUGGCCUUCAUCGGCGGAGCCUCGAGCUGUGCAGGGCUCCUGCGGUGUCAGGAGCUCGAUGGAGGUGGAGAGCCACUGGGGGAGGAGCACGCCUUCCGCUCGUUGCUGCCGCACCUGAAGUGCUCGGAAGCACCCUGGGUCGCUGCAAUUGGCUGGGGAUGCACCGUUGGCUACGGCAUUUUUAUCCCAGCGUGCAUGGUCGGCUUGAUGGUCAAACAGCAAUGGCUAAGUCCGAGGACACUUGCCAACCUUAUCGUAGAUUCGAAGGAGAUGAGUUCUCGAUUGCAGUUGGCGUCGGCAGUUGCCUACUGUGCCGUCUUCUUCCGCGGCUCCGUGCGGAUGAAGGCCUCCGAUGGCUGCCUGCCGCUCGGCACAGAGGCCGACAACAUCCUAUCCACGGCCCUUGACAACAAAGCAGAUGCCGACUUGCAGCGGUGGCAGGCAAUCACCAGGAUGCUGAAGGAGCGCUGCAUCAUCGAAAAAGCGGCUUGGGGGCAUAUGCGGUUUCGUAGCUGUGCACAGAUAUUCUUUGAAAUGGCUGUUGAAAGCAGAGUCUUGGCUGGUGCAAAGGAGCUCUUCUUCAAAUACGCCAAUUGCCAGAGCAUUUGGGUCGAGGUUGCGCUGAAGCUGGUGGUGGUGGGCAUCGUCGCAGUGGUGAACUCUUUCCAGCUCAUGUUCACCCUGAGCUUCACCUUGGGGACCAGCAUCGUUCUCGGCACCCUCAAGCCCUACAGGCAGCGCCAGGUCAACGACUUGCAGUGCUUCUGCUUCCUAUGUCUUUCGGUGGCCGCCGCAGGUUUCGCCUUCGACCUCCUUUGGCUCACCCGCGCGGCGCUGGUGGCGCCGGUGGUCACGGCCGCCACUCAGACCCUGCGGCCAGAUUGCCGCGAGUCCUUGUCCCUGCGCCUCCUCGAGGCUGCCAGCGCGCAGUGGCAGGACUUGCAGCAAGGAGGUGCUGUGCAGCUCAACGUGGUCCGACAUGAGCCGCAGAAGGCGGGUCUCGAGCUGGAGCUGGACGAGGUCUCCAUCUCGACGCAGAGGCACGGCGAUCUCUUGCAGAGCUUUACCUCUGGGGUUUGUGCGUUUCAGCAGAAGGCUUCUUUCCGGUUCAUCGGCUUGCUGUCAGCUGCCAAGGCAGGUCCCGACGCCGCCGUGCUCCGCACGACUUUUCAGAAGCUGGGCAUUGACGUGCAUUGUGGCUGGGAUGGCGUGGAGUGCCACUCUGACGAGUGCACCGUGCGGAGUCUCGAUCUCGGCAAUCGGAACUUGACAGGACCGUUGCUCCUGCUGCCUGAGAGCUGCCUCGCAGAUUUGGAGGAGCUGGAUUUGUUCAUGAACCGGAAGCUCAGAGGCGACCUGUCCGUCCUUGCCACGCUGGUGCACCUGAAGCUGCUCGAGUUGACCGCUACCCAGAUCCGAGGGGAUCUAGGAUUCCUGAGCCGGAUGGAACAGAUGCAGAUUCUCGGUCUCGCAGACACCCAAGUGGACGGCACGCUGGAGGCCCUCAGAAACAUGACCCGCAUGACCGGGCUGUGCCUCCACGACACCCACGUCGGCGGGGAUCUCGUGGCCCUGGCUGCCAUGGAACAGAUGCAGGCGCUCUCUCUCGGGGACACCAAGAUCGAGGGGACGCUGGAGCCGCUGGCAAAGAUGACCCUCAUGACCCAUCUGUGGCUCCACAACACCCGUGUCGGCGGGGAGCUUGGGUCGCUGCAGGCGAUGCGGGAGCUCCGUGAGCUGCGCCUCCAGGGCACCCGGGUCUCAGGCUCCCUGGACGUCCUGACGGAGUUCGCAGAUCUGGAAGGGGCCGACCUCGCAUCCACUGCCGUGACCGGUUUAGUCACGGGUGCCGUUUCGGAGCGUGCAAAUGUGGCGUCGGAUGCUGACGAACAUGCAAGCAACGUCGCCUUCAGUGUGAAGCACGCAGUCGGCCCAGUGCAACGCCAGAAGCCUUCUCGAACGGAUGGGACAGAAACGUCUGACGCGGCACUGGCGUGGGCACCUGACGAAGUUGCGCCGUUGCUGCCCCGUGGCGACGACCUGUCGGAGCUCCGCCGCUUCGUCACCGAUCCGCUCAGUGACAGGGCGCUGCUGCCUGCCUUAGUCGAGCUGGAUGUGUCCGGCUGCCCCGCGAAUGGCGACGUCAUGGACCUUCUGCUGCCACUGGCAGGAUGCAAGUCGCUGGCCAAGGUUGCCGCUGCGCACACAAACCUCACAGGGGACGUUCUGGACCUGACGCAGUUGUCCGUGGAGAUGGACGGCGGGAGCUACGGGGGAACCACCAUACCCUUGGCAGGCGCUCUGCAGGUGUUGGACCUGUCCGGGAACAGGAUCCGGCGGGUUGAGGCUCUGAAUGCCCACAGCAUGCUGUCGUUUGCUGACAACGGACAAGUAGACAUCGCACACGGAACGCUACACAAAGCAAUCAAAGACAGUGUCCGACUGGACCUGACAGACGUUGCCCUUGUGGAUGCGAACGAGGCUCAGGAGCUGAUUGCCAAAGGAUGGCUGAACACCACGGAGCGCCUCACUACGACAGAUGCUGCAAGAGGGUUUGCAUGCUACGGAAUGCCGAGUGCAGUCCUACAAGUUACACCCUUCCGCUUCUUGCCGGAUGUCCUGUGCGCCUGCCAAGCGGGCUGGCACGGAACAAGCACCGACUGUCACCGCUGCAGCGAGGACCAGUACAACCCCACAUUUAACCGGAGCGACUGCCGGAAGUGUCCCCCAGGCAGCAGUACAGGAGGUGUAGAGGGCUCGGAGUCCUUGCGAAGCUGCCAGUGCGAAGUUGGAAGGAUCCACGGCGACUCCUGCCAGUGCGAUGCCCACGAGGCCCUCCACUAUCCCAGUGACCCCCUCCACAGCCAAUGCGUGGACUGCAACGGCCUGAAGCUGGACUGUGAGGACCCCGGAAGCCUCGCGACCAAAGCACCGCCAACUCUCGGGCACGCGCGCCUCUACCCCGGAGCGCCCACAGCCAAGAAGUGCUUGGAUCCCGCAGAGGAGCGCUGCAACGCGUCGGCGAAUGCUUCGGAGCUCGGGUGCGUGCCCGGUUACGAGGGGCCCCUUUGCGCCACAUGCGCUGAGAAGUACCGCAGCCAGGGCCGGCGCUGCAAGAAGUGCGAGGAAGGCUACGAAGCGGCCCGGUGGCCCGUCGCGCUCGCUGCGGCAACGGUGGCGGCUGGAGGCUCCGCCUUUUUCGCCUGGUGGAGGAGACGCCCAGCAGAGGCCCCGGCAGCAGCCACUCCAGCGACUCCCACGCCCCACGCUGCUCUCUGGCCGCUGCUGUUGGCGCAAGGCCCCGUGCUGCUGCAAUUUCUUCAGCUCUGGGGAGUGCUCGUGGCUCUGAGCAAGAAGAGCACUGGCGAGACCACCGCGCAGACCUGGGACCAGGAGUAUGUUCAGUGGCUGCAGCUGACGGCGGGCGGGCUCCGGGACGCUUUGAGCUUGGAAUGCGAGUACGGAAGGAACGCCCGCCUGGCUUGUGCUCUGCUGGGACCGGUGCUGCCCUUGCUGCUUUUGGCCCCCUGCGUGCUCCUGGAAGCCUUUUGGCGAGGUCGAGGUGUAAGCAUGGCGCUGCAAGUGUUGUCCCUGGCCUUCAUCGGCGGGGCCUCGAGCUGUGCAGGGCUCCUGCGGUGUCAGGAGCUCGAUGGAGAUGGAGAGCCGCUGGGGGAGGAACACGCCUUCCGCUCGUUGCUGCCGCACCUGAAGUGCUCGGAAGCACCCUGGGUGGCUGCAAUCGGCUGGGGAUGCGCCGUCGGCUACGGCAUUUUUAUCCCAGCGUGCAUGGUGGGCUUGAUGGCCAAACAACAAUGGAGUCUUUCGGCAAGCCGACGCAUUGCCCACUCGUCGGCCGAGCACGGCGAGAUCACAAAACUCCGGAUGGUCCCGCUGCAGGCUAGUUCCGAGGAUUCGAAGGAGAUGAGUUCUCGACUGCAGUUGGCGGCAGCGGUUGCCUACUGUGCCGUUUUCUUCCGCGGCUCCGUGCAGAUAAAGCCGGCCGAUGGCUGCUUGAUUCUGCAGCCUGGGACUGGGCGCAGCGCCAGCGACGAAGUGGAGUUUGAUGCCGACAACAUCCUGUCCAGGGCCCUUGACAACAAAGCAGAUGCCGAUCUGCAGCGAUGGCAGGCAAUCACCAGGAUGCUGAAGGAGCGCUGCAUUAUCGAAGAAGCGGCGCCAUCCGACAGAGUCUUGGCUGGUGCAAAGGAGCUCUUCUUCAAAUAUGCCAAUUGCCAGAGCAUUUGGGUCGAGGUUGCGCUGAAGCUGGUGGUGGUGCGCAUCGUCGCGGUCCCUGUGGCAGUGGCAACUUCUUUCCAACUCAUGUUCACCCUGAGCCUCACCUUGGGGACCAGCAUUGUCCUCGGCACCCUCAAGCCCUACAAGCAGCGCCAGGUCAACGACUUGCAGUGCUUCUGCUUCCUAUGUCUUUCCGUUGCCGCCGCGGGUUUCGCCUUCGACCUCCUUUGGCUCACCCGUGCGGCGCUGGUGGCGCCGGUGGUCACGGCCGCCACUCAGACCCUGCGCCCAGAUUGCCGCGAGUCCUUGUCCCUGCGCCUCUUCGAGGCUGCCAGUGCGCAGUGGCUGGACUUGCAGCAAGGAGGUGCUGUGCAGCUCAACGUGACCCUGCGCCUGAACCUCAACUUGAAGCUGGGGGAAAGCACCAGAGACCAUACGCCCCUUUUCUUGGGCCUGCAGGUUGCGGGGUCGCUUUUCAUACUUCGCGAGCACUUCGAGUGCUCCUUGUGGCUAUUCGCGCCCAUGGCGGCUUUCCUGGUGCUCUGCUGGCUCUGGCUGUUGGGCGUCGCUGCUGGGAGCUCAGCGGCCAGGGAAGCGAAGGCACUGGACGGAGACGCUGUGAUAAAGCCGCAGAUCCUUCUUGCAACUCUUUGCGUCCGACAUGAGCCGCAGAAGGCGGGUCUCGAGCUGGAGCUGGACGAGGUUCGACAUGAACCGUCGGAGGCAAGUCUCCAUCUCGACGCAGAGGUGUCGGAUGUCACCGCUUGUCCCGCCGCCGCCUUGCUCCACACGAUUUUUCAGAAGCUGGGCAUUGACGCGCGUGAUUUUCCGGGGAGCCACUGUGGCUGGGAUGGCGUGGAGUGCCACUCUGACGAGUGCACCGUGCGGAGUCUCGAUCUCGGCAAUCGGAACUUGACAGGAAAGCUUCCCGCCGAAAUCGGGGGCCUCGCAGAUUUGGAGGAGCUGGAUUUGUUCAUGAACCGGAAGCUCAGAGGCGACCUGUCCGUCCUUGCCACGCUGGUGCACCUGAAGCUGCUCGAGUUGUCCUCUACCCAGAUCAGAGGAGAUCUAGGAUUCCUGAGCCGAAUGGGACAGAUGCAGAAGCUCCGUCUCUCAUACACGCAAGUGGACGGCACGCUGGAGGCUCUGAGAAACAUGACCCGCUUGGCCGGGCUCUGGCUCUACAACACCCGCGUCCGCGGGGAUCUCGUGCCCCUGGCUUCCAUGCACAACAUGCGAGUGCUCGACCUCGAAGACACCAAGAUCGCGGGGACGCUGGAGACGCUGGCAAAGAUGACCCGCAUGACCACGCUGUGGCUCCACAACACCCGUGUCGGCGGGGAGCUUGGGUCGCUGCAGGCGAUGCGGGAGCUCCGUGAGCUGCGCCUCCAGGGCACCCGGGUCUCAGGCUCCCUGGACGUCCUGACGAAGUUCGCCAAUCUGGAAGAGGCCGACCUCGCAUCCACUGCCGUGACCGGAGGUCUGACGCGGCACUGGCGAGGGCAACUGAAGAAAUUGCGACGCCUAAACCUCGCGGCAAGCAAGGCCGACUUCCUGCCCCGUGGCGACGAGCUGUCGAAGCUCCGCUGCCUCGACAGCGAUCCACUCAGUGACGGGGCGCUGCUGCCCGCCUUAGUCGAGCUGGACGUGUCCAGCUGUCCCAUGAAUGGCGACGUUAUGGACCUUCUGUUGCCGCUCGCUGCGUGCAAGUCGCUGGGCAAAGUUGCCGCUUCGCACGCAAACCUUACGGGGGACGCUCUGGACCUGACGAAGUUGGAGGUGAUGAUGGAUAACGUAAGCUGGGCUGGCAUUGCCGCUCCCUUGGCAGGCGCUCUGCAGACCUUGGACCUGUCCGGAAACAGUAUCCGGCGGAUUGAGGCCCUCAAUGCCAACAGCGUGCUAUAUUUGGCUGACAACGGAUGUGUGGACAUUCCACACGGCAUGCUGCGCAAAGCCCUGGAAGACGGCGUCCGACUAGACCUGACCAAUGUGGCGCUUGUGGAUACCACCGAGGCCAGGGAUCUGAUUGCCAAGGGAUGGCUGAACGCCACCGAGCGCCCCACCAUAACAGAUGCCGCAAGAGGGUUUGCGUGCUACGGAUUGCCGAGUGCAGUCCUGCAAGUGACGCCAUCCCGCUUCUUGCCCGAUGUCCUGUGCGGCUGCCAACCGGGCUGGCAGGGAACGAGCACCGACUGUCACCGCUGCAGCGAGGACCAGUACAAUCCCACAUUCGACCAGAGCGACUGCCGGAAGUGUCCCCCAGGCAGCAGCACGCAAGGUUCAGUAGGCUCGGACUCCUUGCGAAGUUGCCGGUGCGAAGUUGGAAGGAUCCACGGCGACUCCUGCCAGUGCGAUGCCCACGAGGCCCUCCACUAUCCCAGUGAUGCUCUCCACGGCCAGUGCGUGGACUGCAACGACCUGAAGCUGGACUGCGAGGACCCCGGAAGCCUCGCGACCAAAGCACCACCAACUCUCGGGCACGCGCGCCUCUACCCCGGAGCGCCCACAGCCAAGAAGUGCUUGGAUCCCGCAGAGGAGCGCUGCAACGCGUCAGCGAAUGCUUCGGAGCUCGGGUGCGUGUCCGGUUACGAGGGGCCCCUUUGCUCCGCUUGCGCUGAGAAGUACCGCAGCCAGGGCCGGCGCUGCAAGAAGUGCGAGGAAGGCUACGAAGCGGCCCGGUGGCCCAUCGCGCUCGCUGCGGCAACGGUGGCGGCUGGAGGCUCCGCCUUUUUCGCCUGGAGGAGCCGCCCAGUCCCGGCAGCAGCAACUCCAGCGGCUCCGACACCCUACACUGCUCUCUUGCCGCUGCUGUUGGCACAAGGCCCUGUGCUGCUGCAAUUUCUCCAGCUCUGGGGCGUGCUCGUGGCCCUGAGCAAGAAGAGCACCGGCGAGACCACCGCGCGGACCUGGGACCAGGAGUACAUUCAGUGGCUGCAGCUGACAGCGGGCGGGCUCCGGGACGCUUUGAGCUUGGAAUGCGAGUACGGAAGGAACGCCCGCCUGGCUUGUGCUCUACUGGGACCGGUACUGCCCUUGCUGCUUUUGGCCGCCUGUGCCAUCCUGGAAGCCUUUUUGCGAGGUCGAGGUAUAAGCAUGGCGCUGCAAGUGUUGUCCUUGGCCUUCAUUGGCGGAGCCUCGAGCUGCGCGGGACUCCUGCGGUGUCAGGAGCUCGAUGGAGAUGGAGAGCCGCUGGGGGAGGAACACGCCUUCCGCUCCUUGCUGCCGCACCUGAAGUGCUCGGAAGCACCCUGGGUCGCUGCAAUCGGCCGGGGAUGCGCCGUUGGCUACGGCAUUUUUAUCCCAGCGUGCAUGGUCGGCUUGAUGGUCAAACAGCAAUGGAGUCUUGCAGCAAGCCGACGCAUUGCCCACUUAUCAUCCGAGCAGGGGGAGAUCACAAAACUCCGGAUGGUCCCACUGCAGGCUAAGUCCGAGGAUUCGAAGGAGAUGAGUUCUCGAUUGCAGUUGGCGUCGGCAGUUGCCUACUGUGCCGUCUUCUUCCGCGGCUCCGUGCACAUUACGGCCUCCGAUGGCUGCCUGGUUUUGCAGCCCGGGGAUGGGCGCUGCGGCAGCGACGAAGUGGAGUUCGAUGCCGACAACAUCCUAUCCACGGCCCUUGACAACAAAGCAGAUGCCGACUUGCAGCGGUGGCAGGCAAUCACCAGGAUGUUGAAGGAGCGCUGCAUUAUCGAAGAAGCGUCGCCGUCCGACAGAGUCUUGGCUGGUGCAAAGGAGCUCUUCUUCAAAUAUGCCAAUUGCCAGAGCAUUUGGGUCGAGGUUGCCCUGAAGCUUGUGGUGGUGGGCAUCGUCGCAGCGGUGAACUCUUUCCAGCUCAUGUUCACCCUGAGCUUCACCUUGGGGACCAGCAUCGUUCUCGGCACCCUCAAGCCCUAUAGGCAGCGCCAGGUCAACGACUUGCAGUGCUUCUGUUUCCUAUGUCUGUCGGUGGCCGCCGGCGGUUUCGCCUUCGACCUCCUUUGGCUCACCCGCGCGGCGCUGGUGGCGCCGGUGGUCACGGCCGCCACUCAGACCCUGCGGCCAGAUUGCCGCGAGUCCCUCUCCCUGCGCCUCCUCGAGGCUGCCAGCGCGCAGUGGCUGGACCUGCAGCAAGGUGGUGCAGUGCAGCUCAACGUGGAGACGUUGAGCUUUAUCUGA